AUGCCUUCAGAUCAAAGCACUUGGCUCAUUGCCGUGCCUCAGGAUGGAGACUCUGAGGGACUCUUGGAGGAAUUGUCGCCCAAAAUAUACCAGCAAUCCAAGGCCAACUUGGCCGCAUCGCUAACCAUUCCAUCUUUCAAGGUGAUCUGGACCGGUACAUUGGACGGCCUGAUCACACUCUCCGAAGAUCUACCCAAACAGGAGACAUUCUUCACGACAACCGUGGCGAAGACGGUCGAUACCCUCCGGAACCUGCUCAACAACGACCCCUCUAAGCUCAAACAGCACGUUCUCGUCAAUGAGCAAACCGUCGACAACUAUAUCACACAGGACUGGAAGUGGAACGAGGGAAGAUAUGGUGUGCAAAGAGGCCUGAGGGAAAUCGUUGAAUCGCUGGCUAAGGAUAUGUCUUCCAUCGACAACGCCAUGAAGGCGAAGCUGGCCAAUUAUAACAUGGUCAAGGGCUCGUUGGUCCAGCUACAGCGCAAGAAGACUGGAAAUCUGUCGAUCCGCUCUCUCGUCGAUGUUGUGUCCAAGAAAGAUUUCAUCCAGGACUCGGAGUACCUCGAGACUCUGCUGGUCGCCGUCCCCAAAACGAAUGUGAAAGAUUGGAAUGUGUCGUAUGAGCGACUAGUAUCCAUGGUCGUCCCCCGCUCCUCCAAUUCGAUAGCCUCCGACGACGAAUAUACCCUGUUCAGCGUUGUCGUCUUCCGCCGGGCGCACGAUGAAUUCAUCCAGAAGUGUCGAGAGAACAAAUUCAUCGUGCGGGACUUUGUCUACUCGGAGGACGAGGUUGCGAAACAGCAGCAAGAGCUCGAAACAGCCGAUACCACGGAGAAAGAGCUUUGGACCGAACUACUGCGUCUUUCCAGGACCAACUUCUCGGAAUCCAUCCAACUGCUCGUCCAUCUGAAGGUGGUCCGGUUGUUCGUCGAGAGCGUUCUCCGAUAUGGACUACCUGCCAAUUACACGGGCGUAAUCGUCAAGCCCGACCCCAAGACUGCGAACAAGACGUUCGCCGUGCUGCAAGCCCAAUUUACGUACCUGCGUCCUCGAUCAAACCGGACCAGCAACGGCCUGGGCCAGAACGAGGAGUUUGCGGGUGAAUACCAGACGCUGAUGGAGCAGGAGCUGUUCGACUUUGUUCUGUUCGAGUUGCCGUGGAUUGUGUAUUAAAUGCACGUUUUGCACAUCUAUUAGACUGAGCUGAGGCUUUACUAUACAUGUAAUACAGGCGUUGAAAUGAAAGGUGAUGGCGAUGUGUCGGAUUUCGAUAUACAGUUUUGAUGGGAAUGGGCUACAAACCAAGAUUCGAGAUGACUCGAGAAACUUCUUCAGUAUCCAGGUCCUGCCGGUGGAUUGCUGUGCCGAUCACAGCGGAGCGCGAAACGUUUGACCCAUACACACUGGGGAAAGAUGGAGCAGUGGCCGAGGUUGGGCUCGAAUUGCCUCCGUUUUCUCCAGUCGAAGUCGUUGGAGAUUCCGGCGGCGGCAGACGCGACGACGACUCAGCGAUUCGAGAAAGAGAAUACGUCAAGUCCAGAGAUUGCGCCCGAUUCUGGAGCGAACGAGGCUUGGAGAUCUGUUCCCUAAGCUUGGCUUCGAGGAGCGAAUCAGAUCCACGCUUGACUGCAUCCUCGUUGUGCCGGGUGCGGUGGGGAAUUCCAGAGCCCUGGAAACGUGAGAUCCUGCAAGCCAUCGAGAACAGUCGGAACUCACAAUCGGAGGCAAGGGGGUCCAGUAAUCCAGUCCAGUGCCGGAAAUAGACGCAGAGGAGAUGAAACUUGAACGGUCGCUGUGGUCCUCCAGGUCGUAGAUGUAAGCCGGAGAGUUGAAAAGAGCUUUGACAUCAGGCGAUGAAUUCGCCAUCCGUAGUCUUCUGUCUCCAGCGAUAUCCGGUCGACCGAGAUCAUUGGAUUCUGGUCGUAGUCAGCAAAGAGGCAAAUCAAGUCAGAGGAGACACUUGCCAUGAUGGGUCCGAGCAGUGGACAACAACUUGCUGUCAAAGUGCGGAAACGAGUCUGCAAAGGAGUCGCCUCGUUUAUGGAUAUGGGAUACCGGCGCUGGAAACAGUGGCACGUUGUGGUUGGUGAGGAACUGCUCCAGCAUUUCCCGGGCCGUGAUGAGGAAAUCGGAAUUGCUGCGCUGGCAACGGAACUUGAAUGUGUAUUCUGAGGGCAUCUCCGUUCCCACAUCUUCAGGGCCAUGCGGCAUCUUGACAUUGGGCACAAUGGAGACCUGCAGCUCCCGUUUGAUGCGCUCGACGAGGCUACUAAAUUCAGGAGACACGCAGAGAUGAGCUAGCUCAGGACCCGGAGGAACCGCCAUGUCUGCUUCAAAUGGAACAUGAUCCUAGAAAGGUAAUCAGUCAGCUAGUCUCUUUGACCAACAGGGGAAAAUAACAGACAAGUAGCAUAGCAGCGGCGAUCUGGACCUGGCUCUCUGGUCCGAAGAUCGUCACGAUGUCAGACGCUGUUUCUUUGGCCGGGAAACGGACGUGAGAAUUGGUCUUGCCCUCGAUAUCAUGGAUGAAGAUGCAUUUUUCGCCAAGCAAGGUACGAUGAUAACGCCGAGGAAUGGAGACCGUCUCGUUGAUAUAGUCUUUGUCCUGCAGACAGAAGGUUCAGUAAACGAAAGCAGGACAUAGAAAGACAACGCACCUUGGGAUUGACAAGCUCCAUGACCGACUGCUUGAGAUUGUCCAGAUUAAUCGCAUUUUUGGCUGGGGUCCGGGCCACGACGUUGUCGUCAUUAUCGUUAUAGCCACCGAGAGCAGCGAACUCCUCCGCAUUGGAGAAUUUGACAUACACGCCGUAUUUCUUCAUGAUCCGCUGGAUGCUUCGACCACCGACCCCAAUGAUGCGCUUGUGAUAGGCCUCCGGCACAUGGAAGGAGAUUUCUGCCGGCAGUUCCUCCUGCAAGAGCGACAAGCCUUGCAAAACAGACGCAUCGCCACCGGCAAUGUCGAUGAGGAAGUUAUAGUCGUUGAAAGUCUCGAACUUAAUCUUGACAUUCGUAGUCUGCAUGAUUUUGUUGAUUUUGCCAUUCUUUUUGCCGCUGAUGAAUUCGCGAUGCUCGUUGGCAAGCUCGAUUUGGA